CUUACGUGGGUACCACAUGUUAAGAAGUUAAGAGAUAGUUGCGCUAGGAGCCUUAAUGUUUUGAAAGCAAUAGCUUCAAAAAACUGGGGAGCAGACUUUCAAGUUUUAAUUGCAACGUAUAAAGCAUUAAUCAGACCCAAAAUAGACUACGGCUCAAUGGUGUAUAGUUCGGCGAGCGCGGUUACACUUAAGAAGCUGGACACAAUUAACAGCAGUGCUGCAAGAAUAGCAACUGGAGCUUUUUGCACUAGCCCUAUUUACAGCUUACUAAGUGAGGCAAACCUUGUUCCGUUGAACUACAGAAGAAUGCAACUUACACUUUCGUACGCCUUAACUAGUGCUGCAUCCCCGUUUAACCCAACGAAAAAGAUCCUCUUUUCAAACAAAUUUAUUGAUCUCUUGGACCGGAAAUCCAAAUUACCGAAACCAAUUAAUAUUCGUAUUCUCCAAAUAUUAAAAAAGUUAAAUAUGACAUUAGCUGAUACCCUUCCAUGUGAAGAGUUCAAAACACCUCCCUGGCUUUUGAAAACUCCAAGACAAAUAACCUUCGAUCAUUCUUCAAAGAAAAAUGAAAACCAAGAUCUUCUCAAGUCUUUAUUUCUGGAAAGCGCCAGCCGAUAUCCUGACUACAUAAAAAUCUAUACUGAUGGGUCUAAAACCAAGCAUGGAACUGGUUGUGGAAUUGUAACACCUGUUGGUGAUAGGCGAUGGAAGCUUCCAGACGUGUUCACAAUUUUCUCCUGUGAGGCAUAUGCAGCAUUGGAAGCAUUGAAAUACAUAGACGAAGUGGAAAACAAAGAUAACAAAUACGUUAUUUAUACAGAUUCCAUGAGUACCCUGGCAGCUUUAAGAACUUUUAACUCAGGAAAUCCGAUCAUGAAACAAAUUGUUGAAACGUAUAAUGAAAUUUUAUCCAAUAAUAAAGCUGCAGAGAUCCUUUUUGGAUGGGUCCCGUCCCACCUAGGAAUAAGAGGGAACGAGAGAGCGGACCAAAUCGCUAAAGAGGCUGCCAAUCAACAGUGUCAAAGUCUAAGUGUACCAGCUUUUCAUAAGGACAUUCUAGUAUCUCUCCUCAAAGUUAUCAAGAACAAUUGGAACAUUGCCUGGGAAAACUCGCGCGCUACUUAUAUGCAUUGUGUUAGGAAUGAUAUCUUUGAAAGAAGCCCCGCUUUUUUGUUCAAUAGGAAGCAGCAAAGCGUAUUAACAAGAAUACGAAUUGGCCAUACCAAUUUUUCCCAUGUGCAUCUGAUAAAAAAAGAGGACUGUCCAAUGUGCAUCAAUUGUAAUUUAAGGAACUCGAUUCACCACAUCAUCUCGUCGUGCCCGGUGUAUGAGAGUGAAAGAAGACAUUUUGAAGUGAAUGAAGACUCCAAAGAGCUUACUAGAACUUUCAAUUCAUGUGGAAAACUGCUUAAAUUUUUGAAACAUGUAAACCUUUUCCAUUUAAUUUAAUUUUGGUCCAAUGUGGUAUAAUUUAGUUUGACGGUUUCCUUAUGGCAUCUUGUGUCUGUACUUGUGUACUUUGCGUGGUUGCUAAUGACCCAUUCGGGUUGAUGCAACCUUAAAAAUUAAAUAUAUAUAUAUACAACAUUCAAUAACAUCGUAUCGAGUUGCACUCACGUAAAAUAACAGUCAAGUUAAAAUCUCGCGACGCAGUCCGCGCAGGAAUCCGUGAAUUAGCCAGCCAAUAAUUCUACGACGAGACAGCUGACAGUUGCCAACAAUACACGCGGCAACAGUCAGACUGCGCCUCAAAUCUUAUAGAAGAUACAGACUAUGGCUGAUUCCAUAGCUGUUUCUUAUGCAUCGCAUGUCCAAGAGAAAGACACCAAUCAAAAGCAAAUAACAGAGGUUACAAAUCAAGUGACCCAAACGUCAACCAUUAUUUCUGGCACAGUGCGAGAAAUGAGAAGCGGAAGUUACCACAGAUCAGAGAGGAAACUAUACCUCCCGCCGCCUCCUCCCAUUGUUAGGUAUGCUUGUGCUCCCACACCUCCAAUUCCCUGCGGAGCUCUUGAGAUCCCAGCCCCGUUAGCCAUUUCCUCUCUUAGCAGCUCGCCAGAAUCUCUGGCCUCUCCUCAAUCGUUAAUCCCUUUUGAGACUAUGACCUUCGAAGGAACUUACAGUUCAAGGAAAUUGGUUGUAACAAUCCAGUCAGAGAUUCACUUCUGUUGAUCCAAAGGUUCCAGCUGUCGAUCCCCUCAGAGCUCUGGUAGGAAAACCUAAAGAAAACGUAUGCAACGACUACUGCAGUCCCUUCUUCACCAAGGAUAACACCGCAACAACCGAGUCAAAGUAUACGUAGCCCUAUUUAUGUAUGACGCAGUUAAAACAGUACACUUAGAGCUCGACAGUGACACGAUGAUUCAUUUCUUAACAAGGAAAAUGUUGCAUGAUCCACCAACGAGCUACAAGAAAUUCAUCAUCUAUUCAAGUCGGAUGAAUAUCUGCAAAAGGUCACAACUACGUGUGUAACGAAGGGAUCAAAGGAAGCUCCGUCAUAUCAUUUUCACCACACUUCAGAAGCUUAGGGAAAGCUGCUAUAAAAUCUCCUAAACACCACCUACGAUGAGUUAUAGAGAACAAAUUACUUCCAUUCGAGCAAUUUAAUAGGUUUAUUGUCGAAACCGAGGUUAUUCUGAACUCACAGCCCUCUUACUCCAAUCUCUACACCUCUCAACAUUGACUACCGAUCGUCUUUUAAUUGGUAGUCCACUAAACACUUCUGAAUUUUAUUUCAUAGAAACACCUUUUAACAAAUUGUCUGUCUGGCACCGUCUCCAGAAAAUUAAACGGGGAAUUAAACGUCCUCAUUUGAAAAAGAAAAAGAUCCUCUUCCAUCAAGACAAUGCACGGGUGCACACAUGUGCAGUUUCGAUGGCCAAAAUCAUAGAAUUAAGGUUCGAAUUAUUACAACAUCCACCGUAUUCACCGGGUUUGGCUCCCAGUGACUGUUUUUAAUUUCCAAAUUUUAAAAAAUGGCUGGGCGGACAACGGUUUACGUCGAACGAGUAGGUCACCGCCCAAACAGAUGCCUAUUUUGCGGAACUUCCGAAAUCUUACUUUUUAGAUGACUUAAAAAAGUUAGAGAAACGCUUGGAAAAGUGUAUAAAGCUAAAAGCAGAUUAUGCUGAAAAAUAACAAAAAAAUCUACCUAAAAUAAUUUGUUUUUCUAUCUUUUUCUAAGGACUUAUUGAACGACCCUCGUAUCGAAGUAAAAUGCCUUCCACCAAACACAAAUGUCUUGUUACAGCAAUGCACCAUAUGAUCCUGUAUACUAUUAAAAUUAAUUAUAAAAGAAGUUUUGUAGGGAAAGAAAAUGCGGGAAUAUGGUUUUAAGGACAGAGAGAUUAUAUUUUGUCUCAAUUAUUCCUUGUUAUUUCCGGUGGCUAGCGACGAAUCAUUGACAAUACAUUUAGAAUCACUAAUGGGCGUCCGGUUUUUUUCUCCCGAAUAUAUUACAAGAUAAUAAUGAAACAGUCAACCCGCGUUUCCCAUGCCCGAUAAAGGGCCGGCUUUCUCAGCCGUCCUCUCUUAUCGAAUCGGGGAAACCAAGUGAUGCUGCUCGGAGCAUCUCAGACGGCCUGGAAGAUACCCAGUUCUUUUCUCUCGACGGGUGGCCAGUUUUCUCAGCCGUCCUGAAAACGAUCCAAACUGUUUCCUCCACUCAACCAACGUAUAUCAUUAUAUAAAAGCAAGUCAAACCUUACAAUUACCCCCACAAAAAUUACGCUAGAUGGGAAUCGCGAAAUAAUCAUAAAAAUAAUAGAACAAUCUUUAUUAGAGAAGAACAUGAAAAGAAUAAAAGCAUCAACCUACAGUUCUAACUUAUUCGUUAGACGUCUUAUUGACUCUUAAUAAGCGGAAAAGAGAACCUGAUCGCGGAAUACCUUAGAGGACUAUUUCAUAUAAAAUUAAAAAAAAUUAUAGCUCAAUUAAAAGUGGUAGAAAAGAAACAAUGGAAAGUAUGAAAUAAAAACGGUGCAACGCAAAUAAUAAACGAAGAAAAACUAUGCAUUUUAUUCAAUAACAAGGAGUUGGAAGUAAUCGAACAUAUUAUGAAAGAAUGUCCGGUGUAUGACAAUUUAAGACUGGAAGAUAUAUGAAGCAGGACAUUAUCUGAAUCUUUUCGAUUGCAGACAAGAAAGACGUGAAAAGAUUCUACUGCUUCGUUAACAAACCUAAUAUCUUGGUACCUAAAAUUAAUAAAGUAAUAAGUUAAAUAAAGCAAACACCCAAAGAAAUUAACUAUGUAAAUAAUUUAAUUGCUACUUUAAGUCAAACACUUGCAAUUAGUGUCCUUACAAUGUGAUGACGAUAAAAAAGAAAAUGCAGAAGUUGAGCUGCAACAAGUACGACAUAAACAAAAACAUACGCAGAAAGUAGAUCCAAUAGAAAUAGACGGUACCUGAAAUGUCGGGUACCCGAGUUUCGGGGUUUAGUCGGGUAUUGAUCGGGUCGAGUCAGGUACCCGAAACCGAAUCGGAUAGUGUUCGGAUCAUGUCGAGAGCUUAAAAAUUUGAAAUAUUUCGGUAUUCAAAUUUCAAAUAAAUAAAUGUUUCUUUUUGACUAAACUUUUAUAUCUGAUUGCCUCUCUAUAGAUUUUACAAAUUUCCACCAAGCGUGGCUUGUUUAAUUUGUCACGAUGUGUUAUAAAAUUCGAGAAUUGGAAUAAUAUAAACGUUCGGGGUCCUGGCUCAAUGUCGAGUGCUCAACCUUCGAGUACCCGAUUCGAUUUCAGGUACCCGAAUAUUUCCGCAUCCCGACCCGAUUCUAAAUAACAUUCCCGACCAGACCCGAAUCCAAAAUCUGGAGUACCCGUUCACCCCUAAUAUGGAACACUAUACAUAAAUAGAAAGUGAAAUAUACGAAGCGCAAAUAAAACCACAACAAAACGAAAUUUAUAAUCACAAAUUUCGCAAGGUAAUUAAUUUGUGUAGUGAUGUGUUUAUCUUAAGCAGCAAAUUGAAACGAUACAAUGUUAAAUACCUUUUUUGUAAAAUAUAAAUAAAUAUGCAACAAAAAUUCGAGAAAAUUCGACUACUGAUCGCUAAACAACAGCGUAUGCGUUUCUACGAAUAAAUAUUUUGUUUAUUGUAACUAACGUGUGGUUAUUUCUUGUAUGAAAUAAGAUUCUAAUUUUUUGGUGGCGGCGGACUUGCUAUGAUGUGUCACGUCGCACUGCUUGCAGUUGCAGUCUCGUUUUCGUGCAACGAGCAAAUAAGAACUGUAUAGUAGACGGAAUCCAUAAUAGAAUACUAUCAAAGACUCUGUAUAUAGCUACUAUCUUUUCUUUUCUUAAGAAAGUACUUUACUAGUUAUCAGUUUAAACAGUGUCUAACAUAACGAAUGAAACUCAAACAUGUGUUCUACGCACACAGAAACGCAACUUUCAAAAUCAAUACUUCUGUUCUCUCUCAUUAUCGCGAGUUCGAAUCAAAAUCAAGAGAUGGCUUGAUCAUCAUACUGAAAUACCAUUGUACAGUACACUUAGGAUAUUCUUGCACAGUCAAAGUAUGUUGCCGAAACAUUUAUAGGGACUUUAUAAGAAAUAAUAUAUUUUCUAAUAUCUAGUUAUAAAAACUGUGUAUUUUUAUGUUUAAUAAAUUUUCUCUUUAGCUGCUUAUUUCUAUAAAAGUUAUUCAGAUUACUAAACAAAUAAUAAUUUGUACAAGUAUUAAUAUUGUUUGUAAUAGUGUUUCUCAAAGUAUGGCCCGUAAACACACGGAGACCCCAGGCCAGGUCAGCGAUAUCGUUAUAGUUCGCAGUCACAAUAUUUAAAAUUGUGAGUUGAAGUAAAGUUUUAAAAGAAUAAGUUCUAAAUGGCAUUGGAAGUUCCCUUGAAUAGAACAAAUCAUAUAUAAAAAACUAUUCAUUUCGAGAUUUUAUUUUAAUUUUAGCCUUACGGCCAAGGAAUGAACUUGGUUUACACUUUUUUCGUUAACUCAUUGUCAGUCAUACAAACAUUCAUUCCCUAACGUGUCUACUAUCUUCUUACUCUAAAUUACUUUUAAAUAUGUCUAAUACAUAUCUUUAAUUUUCAUAUAAUCUUUAGCAUAAUAUUUGGCUUUAUUGUGUUUUUAACAUGUUCUUUUCCUUAUCUACUUGUUUAGCCACUUCUCUAUCUCCUCAUUCCCUUCUCCCUUCCACUACUUCCCCGAUUCUACGCUUGGUUCUCCCCAGCUUUUCACAGUAUAUGUCUGUAUACUUUCCUCGCUCCAACUUAGGUAUUACUUCUUUCUCUGUUUUCUCCCUUUUCUUUUCGAUCUCCUUAUGAAGCACUCUAAUUCCCACACACAGUGGCUGAUGAUCCGACUCCGUUCUCUCCUCAAUUGUGAAAUAAUCUAUUACAUUACUCGUCCCAUAAUCAAUGCCGUUCAACAUUUUUAAAUUGACGAAGAUAAAAUUUGUUGUUUAGUAGAAAACAAACAAAAUUUGUCAAUUUAGAGGAUUUCCAAAAUUUUAAACAUACCAACAUUCGUACAAAUUUGAAACAAAUAGAUAUUGUGUCAAAGUUCGAAGUAUGGGAUCCACAAUGGUUUACAGAAUGAAAUUUUCUUAACCGUGCUUGAACUUGACUGCAUAAAUAUUUUUGUUAGCAUACACGGUGUUCGGCCACCCCUAGGAAUAAUUUUAAUGGAGGAUUCUAGAGGCCAAUAUAAGACGAA